AAAAGUUCAAAAAGUAAUAUGGCAUCCCCACGUUCAUAUUCAAGAUCUCGUUCGCGUUCUUAUUCAAAAGAUCGUUCGCGCUCGCGAUCGCCCGUACGUCGUAGCCGAUCACAAUCAGCUAGUCCAGAACACCUUCACUCUGUUCUGGUAACUAACUUGACGCGUAACGUUAAAGAAGACCACGUUCGCGAAAUUUUUAGUCAGUUUGGCAAAAUAACUCACCUCGAAUUUCCUAUCAACAAACUCUUAAACACAAACAAAGGAAAGGCAUACAUUGAUUUCGAGACACAAGAAGAAGCAGACAAAGCCAUCAGCUACAUGGAUAAUGCACAAUUAGAUGGUAAGAGAUUGGCCUGUGUUGUUGCUCCCAAACAGCGUGAAAGAUCUCCUUCCCCACGCAGAGCUCGUUAUACCUCACCCCCACCUUACAGAAGAAGUUCAAUUCGUGGACCUCCUCCUCCAGUAUUAGGUCGUCGUGGAAACCGUUUUGGAGGUGGCAGAGACAGAGGCAGACGCUACUCCCGCUCACCAUCACGCUCACCUAUUCGUGGUCGUGGUAGCAGAAGAAGAUACUCUUAUUCUCGCUCUAGAUCAAUCAGCAGAAGCUAUUCUAGAGGAAGAUCUUAUUCGCGUGGCCGACGUAGCUAUUCGCGUGGAAGACGCAGUUAUUCCCGUGAUAGACGCAGUUAUUCUCGAAGUUACUCGAGAAGUUUAACACCCAGUAGAAGCCCUAGCAGUAGAUCGCCUAUCAGACGCCUCAGUAGUAGAUCCAGAUCGCCUAUUCGACGACGCUCUUCUUUGAGACGCAGUCGAUCUCCCCUCAGAAGACGUAGUAGAACACCUCUCAGACGCACUCGCUCCCCUCCUUCUUACAGAAGACGUAGCAGAUCUCUUAGACGUAGUCGCUCUCCUCUUAGUCGUAGCAGAUCAAGUUCUUUUGAUCGCUCUCUUUCCAGAUCCAGAAGAAGAAGCACAAGUAUUCGACGUUAAAUAGUUUACAAUAAACACU